UCCAUGGCCGUAAAAAAAAAAAUCUGUGGUUGUAAGUUUUUGUUUCGUGUUAUUCAGGUUUUACUAUUACUAUCUAUUUAUUUACUAGUCUGUGUAAGGAACGUAAAAAUAAAUAAAAUAAUACUUAACUUAUAAAUUUAACUCGUAAUGGAUUCCUCAUCUAUUGUAAGUUUUAACAAUGAUUCAACUUAUCAGACAACAAUAAAAGCUGACUAUAGUAACGUCCAUGAAUUGGCACUUCAUGCUAUGAGAGAUCGGUGCUUAUUACUUCAACGUAGAAUAAACACUCUGGAAACUGAUAAUAUGCGUUUAAAGUUGGAUAUUACCAAAACAGCAGAAAGAUCACCAUAUACUCCUUUACAAGAAGGCGAAAACACAUCCCUACAUAAAAAAAUAGCUGAGCUUAACAAACAGAAAUCACAACUGCUGCAUCAUGUCUUCAUGGUUUCUUGUGAAAACAAAAACUUGUGGAGUAAGAUCUCAAUGUUAAAGGGCUCUGAAAAGGCAGUGCGUGAACGUCCAAAACAACCUUUAAUACGCACAAAUACUUACAUACACAGUACUCCCAACUACACCACACAAAAUCAAGAAAAAUACUCUGAUUCAAGUUUAGAAGAAAUAUCAUUGAAAUUGAUAAACAGUUAUAUCCAGGAGAAGUCACAACUUGUGGAACAGUAUGAACAAAUGACACAACUCCAAGACAUGGAUGAUGAUAUUUUAAAUAUGAAUUCAAUUGGAUUUACAUAUAUGGAAGAUCCAGCGACUGAUUCUUUAAAAGAAAUUCGUAGCCAAACGGAAAAGUUGCAGACUCUCAAAAAAGAUUUAGCUCAGCAAGAAAAAGAUUUAAAAACAGUAAUAUCAAGAAUAGAAAUAAUAAUGAAAGAUGGCUACAAAUGUCCAACAUGCCUUGCAAAUAAAUCAAAAAAUGUAAUAUUUGAAAAUAAAGGAACUGAAACCAGCAAUAGCCUGCUUGGACAGAUAGAAAUGGAUUCUAGCAGCAAUGACUUUAAAGAUAACAACACUACAGCCAAUAUUAAUGCUGGGAAUUAUCAAGAAGAUGAUGAAAAUUGUGAUCCAUUUGAUAAGAUGUGUCCAAUAUGUGGUGAAAAGUACCAAAAAGAUACAGCAUUUACAGACUUCCAGGCCCAUGUAGAAAACCAUUUUGUUGGUGAUAGUGAAGUAGAUUCUAUAGAAAACUUUGAUACAGUUCCAAAUUCAUUAAACAAUGUAAUGUGAAGAUAAA